GAUUCCGAUUUGAACGGUCCGUCCGAAUCCCCGGACAGUGGCACUGGUGAAGGUAACUCAGAUUACACUUCUGACAGUGAUGACAGUGACUCGAGUUCGUCCAGUGGUACAAAUUCUUCUUCGGAUGUGGCGACCAAACACGUUUCCAGCCCUGCCAAUGCUGGUGGCACUUCAGAAAGUUGUCACACUGUCUAUGACAAGGGGUUUUUGGCACAUCAACGCAGUGGUGAUUAACAGCAGUUUGCCUGAUGGCCCGACUUCGCUCGACGAGUUGUUCGACUGGCCCUGGCGUUAUGCACAGCAGCUGUUGGUUCACCAUGAAAAGAAAAACACGUUCAGGGCCACCUUUGCCGAAAAUUCCAAGUAUAACAUCAAUGUGACAGAAUCGUAUGCUGGCAUGGGCACUGGCUCUUACACACUUCACCAUCAGUUCAAUGCACUUAAAGGUGUGCUGAGGGAAUCGGACCGUGGUGAUGGCACCACACCCGGGUGUGGAUCCGUUCGCAGCAUUUCAGCAUAUGAUGUUGAUGCUCAUUGUCAGAAAGUUUUGGCGUCUCUAUCUGAGGAAGUUCGUCCUCUCCAUGUUGGCGGGGCUUUGGAGGACAGGCUGGCCCCUGGUGUCCACAUGCAGCUUGAAAUCAUCAAGAACAAAGUUCAGUCAGAUCUCAGCAAGCAACUGAGUCAACUGCAUCAGAAGAAGCAAGACUACACUGCCAAGGGCUUGGCAGAGCAAGAACAAAAAAUUAAAGAAGAUAGUGGCAACUUGUUGAUGAACAAGUACAUGGCGUUCUUGUUGUCAACAAAAGACAAUUUCAUGCAAACUGCCACUUGCUACUCGUGUGGCCGGCGUACUGAUGCCACAUCUCCUCCAAAGAAGAGAGCAAAAAAAGUAGUUGGUGAGGAGGAUUGCAGCCGGUGCCCAACACCUGUGGGUAUGGCGUCAGGGCAGGUUGGUGCAACACGAAGCACUCUCAAUGUUGCAGUAGCCGGGACCACAUGUGUUGAUGUCAGUCCGAUAGGAAAAGGCCAAAAGUUGCUGGGUGACUCCAGCAUGUCACUGGCUGUUUGGUUAGCCGAGAGGGUUUUUGCGGGUGAAGAUGUGAUCGUGCACGAAUGCUCAACACGAUUCGACCUUCGUGUGUUCCAGCAGUUCCUCCCAAACUACACAAUCCAUCGAUUGUACCAAAAGGACAAGCCGCUAUCGGCGUGCUUUCUUUCACCGCAUCACUUCGGGUGGCCUUGCCAUCGCCCACGGGCAUUUUCGGUUCUGACCCGAAAUGACACAGUCUUUUUGUCUGAAGAGGGGCUUCAAGUCAUCGAGUCGCUUUUUGUUAAGCCUGUGCUUCCAGCUUCGUCAUUGUAUUGUGCACCACAGGAUGAAGUGGAGAAGGAGCGAAUUGCUUGUGCCCACAGGCUGUGUCGCCCACUGGCAAGUCCAUUCCGGAAUCUUUUGGCAGGAGAGAAACCAUUGUGGGUGGAUCACUACCGUCGCCUUGACAAAGUGCGCCGUUUUUUCGAUGGAGGACCCAGUCGCUCUAUGAUCUGCAACCUACUUCAGAACCCAGCAACCAGGCCAAUCAUAUCUGGGUGGCAGCCCGCCUUACUCCGUCAAGGGGUUAUGUGGCUGCUUCUUCACAGCGACAAAUCGAAAGGCACCGAUGACAUCAAUGCCCCUGCCUCUUCCGUUGCCCCCCCAUCACUGGAAGAGAGGUGGAUGUUGGACAAAGAACAUCUAAACUCGAUGGGAGUUCCCCAAUGGGAGAAAUAUGCAGCACGCCAAGCGUGGCCUUUGUUCCGCCACCAGCCGCCACCAACGGUGGUGAAGCGAUUGGCAGGGAAUGCGAUGCAUCCAGCAUGCGUUGGCAGUUUGUAUGCUGCAUUGCUCGUCACGAUGAAGCUUCGGGAUCCCAGGGCGGUGACGUCAGUUCCAUCGCAAGUUUGAAGCAAAGCUUGGUUUCACCUAGGGGCCAGAGACACUUGUACUUGUGACAAGAGAG